GCUGAGGCGCUGGCACUCUGCUUUGCAUGAAUCGUGGACUCCCAAGUUAGUGGCUGCAGCUUAGAUAUUUCCUGUCAGCCUCACACAGCCGAGGCGAGGGCGGAGGAGACGAGGAGAGGGAUGGCAGAGAACAGCUCCGAGACAAGCAGCUCCCUUCACCGGAGAUGUUUGGCCCAUUCUCCGGCGGAGAGAAACAUUUCAGCCGGUGUCGGGGCAUCGAAAUGGAUCCGGCUAAACGUCGGCGGGACGUAUUUUUUAACAACAAGACAGACGCUGUGUCGGGAUCCCAAAUCAUUUCUGUACAGACUGAGCCAAGCUGACCCCGAGCUCGACUCCGACAAGGAUGAAACUGGUGCCUAUCUCAUAGACAGAGACCCCACAUACUUUGGGCCAGUGCUUAACUACUUGAGGCAUGGCAAACUGGUGCUCAACAGGGACUUGGCAGAGGAAGGUGUGCUAGAAGAGGCCGAAUUCUACAACAUCACAUCAUUAAUAAAACUCAUCAAGGAUAAGAUCAGGGAACGCGACUGUAAAACAUCACAGGUUCCAGUGAAGCAUGUGUACCGGGUGCUGCAGUGCCAGGAGGAGGAACUGACACAGAUGGUGUCUACCAUGUCUGACGGCUGGAAGUUUGAACAGCUGGUCAGCAUAGGCUCCUCUUAUAACUACGGAAACGAAGACCAAGCCGAGUUCCUGUGUGUAGUCUCCAAGGAGCUGCACAAUCAAUCAUACGGGACAAACAGUGAGCCCAGUGAGAAGGCCAAGAUCCUUCAGGAAAGGGGUUCCCGGAUGUGAAGAGGACUCAGUAUUAUGAGAUCCAGGUGUUAUGAUGCUAACAUAUCAUCUUUUGUGGAAGAACGUUUGGCACAAUGGAGAUUUAAAGUGGGGGGGGUGUGCAUUUAUUUUGUGUUUUCCCUCCAUUUUCGUUUUUAUUUCUUGAUGUAAAUAAGUCUGUUUACUGACAAUUUGUGCCUGUACGUUUAAACUGGACCUUUUUUUUUUUUUUAUUAUGAAUUAGCGGCAAGUUUUUUUUUUUUGUUUUGUUUUUGUUUUUUUCUAAUUGAGACUAAGGAAUUGCAAUCUACAAAUGUUUUAUGCUAUAAAAUAUGGCCAUCAUCAUAUAAGGCCAAUGAUUCACUCAGGGUCAUCUAUUGAGUUAAUUCUUAUAUCCUCCAACUCAAGGGUCUGGUAAGGGAUCAAUCAGUAUGGUCUUUAUAACUACAAAGUAUCAAUCUCAAAAUCAUUGUUUAGUGAUGUUAAGAAGGGAAUUGUGCAUUUAUUCAGCGCAUUUUAAAGAGUUAGGUUAUUAAAUGUGAAAUUACACCCCAGAAAUGGAAAUGAUAAAUUAGUUUUCCAAAGAUUUCCUACAGUUACACUGAGAUUUGUGAUCAUGAGGAUCCCAGCGAUAUGACACACGGAGGCAUUCGAAACAUUAGUUUGGUUCAAAAAUAUUUUUCUGUAUGUGUUUACUGUCAGAAAAGGAGUGAUCAUAUUCUCAGAGCAGCAUGAAAACUGUAUCAACAGAAACGUUUGGUAAUGCAGGUACAGGGGCGUUGGGUUAUUUAUCACUGGCAGAGCUUUUUAUGGUAAUGAGGAAGUGACCUGUAAUGAACAGAAAUAUAAAAGUCACAUUUUCACAUAGACUGUAAGUUAUAUAUGGCGAUGGCUAAUAUGGCGACGACAGAUGCUUCUUAAUUGUUUUACACUGCUUGAGAAGUAAAUGUAUUGCUUGUGUAGCUGCUUGUGGAAUCAUGCACUCAUCUUGCGUCCAGGGUAAAACGUACCCACAGAUAGGGCCAGUUUAUGCUGUGGGAUUAAAUAAUUUUCAUGAAAUCUGCUUACUUAAAUCAUAAGCAUACAUGCUAAGCCACCCAUGUUCACUCAGAACGUGCUUCAAAGUAAGAUUUUGCUGCUUCUGCAGAUGUGGCCUUUCGGACAUUGAUCUUAACUCCUCAUGUUCAUAAGUCUAAAGUUAACUGGCCAAAACAGUCAAUGGUGUUUUAAAAUGCAAGUUCUGUUUUACAGUGAUUUAUUUUUUAAACAUCAGUGUCCCAUUUACUGUUGGGAAAAACGUCCUCAAGACAAUUGCGUCUUUUUUGGGUUUUGUUUUUUUUCCCCACUGACUUCUGAGUAGGCUUGAGCGAUAUCUUUUUUUAUACCCUGAAAGUCCACUUUUGGGUGUAUGGUGUAUAUGACGGCGUUAGUGAGCUGCGCUAGCUAAUGUCCCCCCUCGACUAGGGAGUUUGCUACACUCUGCAAGCACUCUCAGCUUUUUCAGUCUAAUAAAUGAUCAAUAUAAACUCACAAAAUGUCAAGAAGGGUAAUAGUCUUACACCUGCUUCCCUUAUUAAACAGAGAAAUACAACUACACCUUCUGAAUUCAAGUUACUCUUGUAUCAAACGAAGUCUAGCUUAAUUGCCUUAACUCGUCGUAAAACACACUCCAUUCAAACUUGGCAGAAACAAAAUAUAACGUGUCAUUCAGUUAGUCCACUUUUCCAACAUACACCAGCUAUAGUUGGUUAAAAUGAACCCCUAAUUCACGGAGUUACACGACUGUUGCGGCUGUUACAGUCCUGUAGCGAUAUCCCCACCACAGCUCAGCUGCCUCUUUCACCAGUAGAGACUGGCCCCUGGUGGCGAAUGAUGUGCACUACAUAAAAUGAGCUAAACAGAAAGAGGAGCGUCUGUAUUUUUUGACGGUAUUGGAAAUCACACUGUAAGGAUUUCUAAACAUCCUGGUAUACCUUGGUACCGCCCAAGCCUACUUCUGAGUUGUACUUAACUAGUUUAUGUUUGAGGGAAGAUCAGUUUGUUUACGAGCUUUUUUUUUUUCCUGAGGAGAAGUAUUCGAGGUGUGGGAGGUUUUGUGGACUGGAACAGUUUGAAGGCAGUGGUGAAGGACUUUCUGAUCAUAUCCAGAGGAUUUUGUUUUGAUGUAAAUAAUCCAAAUUCAAUAUUAAUAUUUAACUCUUUAAAGAAAAAAGAAACUGCACGUUUUGUACACUGUAUAGAAAACACAACUUGGAACGGAAGUUGUUUAUACUGGAUCUUUAAAAAUGAGAAAACCUUGACAAUGUUAACUUCUGUUUUGCAUUGUUUGUACAGAGAUUUCUGCGUUAGGUUUGAAACAGCUGAUGCUGAACAUGGUGUCUUUCACUGAGAACAUGCCUGGAACAUGUUUUGAUAACCAAUAACAAAGCUAUACUUGGCUGGCUAUGAAGUUGACUGUUACAUUUAAAAAAACAAAACAAAACAAAUGUAUUUUUCCUGCAUUGUGAUAGAUUCUUCUAAGCAUUUUGAAUUGUGUAGAUUUCGUACACAGCAUUACAAGCACUACAGUGGGAAAAACACACUGUGCACAUUGCUUAUAAGCCUGUAAUGUUGUUAAUGUAAAUACUGCAUUUUAGAACACUUUUUUUUUUUAUAGAAAGUUGUUUUCAGGUUUGAUGUGUGGUUUUGAUAGGUUAGAUAUUUCAUUCACAAAUAAUCAUUUAGUGUUGCCUUUUUUUUUCCCAAUGACCAAAAUCCAAUGUCUUAUGUGUAUUGUACACAUUGAUCUUAGUGUCAGGGAUGAGUAAACUUUUCUUAAUGCUGGCACACUUUGUACAUAUAGACUUGUUAACGACACACAAACCUCCAUUUACUCACAUGUACACGUAUACACUUGACUAAAACAAUUUUUAUAUUGUCGGGGAAACAAGUAUGGAUGCAUGUUUUUUGAUAUAGAUAUACACACAUGUACACACGGACACACACAAGGGCUUUUAAAGUGCAAAAUUUGACAAAGAGGUUCAAUCAAAGUAGACUGGAUUUCCUGCCAGAGCUAGGCUAUGUUUACAUUUGCUAUAGUAUUCUGAAGCCUUCCAAUUAUGUACUGUCUUGCACUCCCUCACGCAUGUUAACACAAGUCUGACUUGUGUGACUGCACCAAUGGCAACUAGCACUCCCCACUCCACAUGGACAGAUAUUCACACAGACGUGCUGACUGAUUAUACUCCAUCCACUCCUGGCAGUCUGUGCUUGAGCGUUACAGACAAUCUUGCUUUCCGCCCUCUGAUGGCAGAGAUACUCACUUUUAAUAGGAUGAUACUCACCUGCGUUGGCUCAGAGCAAAGGUUUAUUUGGGUCUUCUUUUGAGACUUCUUUCUGCAAUGAGAUUUAAAGUGUUUUUGUGUUUGGUUUGCUUGUAACUUCAUUUGAUAUACUUUGAUCCGAGGUGUUUAACCCCUCUACGUUUAGCAGCUACAUUACCUUUUAAUGCCCUUCACAAACAGGUCAUCUGGUUGAGCAUUUGGCAUUGAUAAUCAUUUCAUGUGAUGGACAAACUUAUCAAAUCUGUAGCCUAAUACUUAUAAGUGCCCAGUUUGUUUUGCAUUCAAGCCACAGAUCACUGUAAUGCAUGGUUGAAGAUGAUCACACUUGUAAUCAGAGGGAAUGAAUGUGUCAUUUUUCCUCAAUCUAGCAAUUACAUCGAUGAAUAAGGUUCUCAUAUCACUACAUAGAUCACUAUUCUAUAUGAUCUUAUGCAAUGUUUAAAAUGUACAAAUUAAGUAUGAGGUUAAGGGGAUAGAUCUAUAUGGUCUUGCAUAAGGUAAACCCAAUAAAAAUGUUGUCAUUGA